UGUCGUUGGAAUAAUAUUGAUGAUGGAAACAUCGAAAAAUACAGACAGCUGUUAUGGACAUAAAAUGCUGAAGGGCUUUCCCAGGGUAUACCCUGGUGAAUUACAAAAGAGCUACUGUAAGCACUACCUAUGGGUCCCAGAAACCAAUAAUACAAAUUUCUUUUUCUUUUUUUUUUUUUUAAAUUAAAAAACCCUAAAAAACAUAUUACUAUAACACUCCUCCCCUCAUCUAAACAUAUUGUAUGAAAAUAGAACAUCAUCAUCAGGAAAUAUGCCUACACAAUACUGUACUUGAAACAAUUCAGUAUAUGGAGAGUAAUGAUUGAUGAUUGGCCAAUGUUGAUAUGUAGGAAGACAUGAAACAUGAACUAGGUAAUAGUUACAAGUCCUGUAUUGUAAAGCAGUUCAAUAUUUGGUCCUAAGAAAUGGCAGGCAUUUUGGAGAAGCUUGAUGAACUUGCAUGGUCAAUACGUGCAUAUACACCUAAGGAGUUAGCUGCUAGAAAGUGCUUUCCAAUAUUAGUUAAAGUCGCAGAGUGUUUAUCUGCUGAAUGUUUCUACAAAUUUCCAGUUGGUCAGGUCUUGUACUUGCACAGUGUUAAAAAACAAUUUCGAUUUUUAGCACAGGACAGUAAUCAGAAUGAAAUCAGUAUUCCUAUCAACAGCCCAGUCACCUUGUUGGAACCGGACUCAAGAGAUGUCAAGGUGGUCUUUCACGAAGAUAUGAUACUUCCACAAUAUAUCAAAAUCUCUUUGACACAUUCAGAACACGAUCUCUCUCAGCUGAUAUGCCUGACGGAGGAAGAUGAAAUCAUUCUGAAUGUCAAACAAAGAGGUUGGAUGAAGUACUUAGCAGGAGUGUGUUUGUCAAAAGAUGGAGUUAGCAAUAGCACGGAGACUGUUCCCAUUGACUGCUGUGAAAUACAAUUAUGUGUUGGUCUUGACCUUAGAAAUAAAUCCAUAGAUGACUAUAUUAACUUUGAGAGCGAUUUGACUGUUUUAGUCAACGACAUUCAUCAGCAUGAACUGGAUCACUGCCAAGGCAGUGCAGAUUUCAUAGUCAAUGCUCAACCAAAUUUUAUUGAAGUGCUUGCAGAAAUUAGUAUGGAUACUAAUCUUCAAUUAAAUGAUAUAAAUGACAAACCUAGUCAUGAAAAGCCGAGAGGGAGACACUUAAAAAACAAGUUAAAGAAAAAGAAAAGAAAACAAAGCUACACUCAAAUCAAUUUAAGAGAGGUGGAAACUAUGGCCAGAAAAUAUCAGGAUCUGACUUCAGUAAGUUCCUCAUCGGAUGAAUAUGACUAUCCAGAUGAAUAUGACUAUCCAGAUGUUGAUGAUGGCUAUGAAGAGAUCAAUGAAAUCCUUCAAUUACAAAACAAUGACCAAACAAUUUAUGAGCCGCUAUCAUCGAAGGAGGUCAUAAAACCAACAUAUGAAAAUGCACAUGUACAUAGGAAAAAGAACAAUAAUACACCUAAAUUAUUGUCAAUGGAUGCAACAGAUAAUGGUGGUUAUUCCAUUCCUUUUGAGCCUGGGACAAUAACGACAGAGUUAGACAGAGUUCCAUCAGUAGAAGAUACAGAGUAUUUAGUUCCAAUGAAACAAGGAAAAAAUAUGAAGGACAACAAACAGAUAAAUACAGUGGAUGUAGAAGAGGAUGAAGAUGGUUAUCUAGUUCCUACUGAACAAGAAAUGAGAAUGAUGAAAACAAAUGAAACUUCGUAUUCACCAGAUGAUAAAGAGAAUUCUUUUCAAAUAAAACAAGGAACAAAUACAAAAGAUAAGAAACAGAUGACUACAGUUGGUGAAGAAGAUGAAGAUGGUUAUCUAGUUCCCACUGGACAAGAAACGAGAAUGACAAAAACAGAUAAAACAUUACUUUCGGAAAGAGUAAAUGAAAAAGGCAAAAUGACUACAGUUGAUGAGGAUGAGGAUGAAUAUGGUUAUAUACUUAUUGAGGAAGAAAUCGGAGUGAUGACAAAAACAGCUGAAACUGCGCUUUCAGAAGAUGAUAAGGAGCAUUUCAAGGUUUCGGAAGGAGUAAAUGAAAAAGACAAAAUGACUACAGUUGAUGAGGAUGAGGAUGAACAUGGUUAUAUACUUAUUGAGGAAGAAAUCGGAGUGAUGACAAAAACAGCUGAAACUGCGCUUUCAGAAGAUGAUAAGGAGCAUUUCAAGGUUUCGGAAGGAGUAAAUGAAAAAGACAAAAUGACUACAGUAGAUGAGGAUGAGGAAGAAUGUGAUUAUUUAUUUAUUGAGGAAGAAAUCGGGGUGAUGACGAAAACAGCUGAAACUUCGCUUUUAGAAGAUGAUAAGGAGCAUUUCAUUCAAAGAAACCAGGAAACAAGCAUGCAGAAACAGACACAUACCAGUUCAAUAGAUAGUAAAGAUAAUUUAAUUUCAAUGAAACAUGAAGAUAAUGCAAAGAACAAGAAACAAAACAAAAAGAAAAUGAAAGCAGUUAAAAAAAAGAAGAAAGGACAUUUAUUAGAAACCAGUCAACAUCAAACAGAGCAACAUCUUGGUAAAAACAAACAAAUUCCAUUUGUACAUGCACUAUCUCAGGGUCAAGAUACUUAUCUAGACAAAGUUCAAGAUCAGAGAAUGUUAUAUAGGGAAACUGGAUGUGAUUUUAUGAACAUUCUGCCAGAAAGUCAUAAAAAAAUGCGAUCAUGCAUUUCAGCCGAUGACAUAAUUUCUCAGAGUAGAAAAUUAAAACCAACUAUGCAUUUCCCUGCAAAAACAGACACAGUCAAUAAGAGUAGAAAGGCAGUGGAAAAUGAAAGCAUGGAGUCAAUUCAACAUGAGAUCUCCACUGACAACAAAGCUAUAAAGGACAAUGUUUCACAUCACAGUGAAGAAACUGUAAAAGACAAUGUCUUCACACAUAAUCAGGAAUCUCUAACAAAGAACAAAUAUAAAAAAGAUGUUGAAAACGCUGCAAGACCAAUGGUACCACAAAAACCUAAAAAAAAUAGUGACUGUACAGGCAAGACAAUCACUUCUCCUGGAACUCAAGAUAUAAAAAGCAGUAAAAUUAAGAAACCAUUAUUACCGCCUAAACCCAAGAAGAAAUAAUGUGUUAGGAAUCAAGUUACUAAAAACGUACAAAAAAAAAAAAAAAAAAUUGGCAGUGAUAUUCAUUAUUCAUCUAUUCCUUCAUACAUUUUUAACUAGAAUUAUUAACAAUAGGCCUAGUUCCAGACACCUAAUCUAUUCCUAGACAUUUUUCUUAUAUUUAAAGCCAAAAAGUAUUUUUAGUUUAGACUCUUGAAAGUCACCAGUCUGGCCUAAUAACCUGAACAUGAGAAUUUGAAAAACAGUAAGUAUAUAAUAAAUAAUUCUUAUUAAAUAAAAUAAAUUCUUAAUUUGUACACAUAUUUAAAAAAAACUUUCAUGAAAAUAAUGAGUAUAUUGAUAUUACAUUUCUGGAUAAGAUUACAUAAAUACAAUAUAUGAUACCAGUAUAGUAUUAUUAGAAUUGUUUGAUUAAAGAUAAAAAGGUAUACACAAUCUGAAGAAUGUUGUUGAUUGAUGUCAUGUCAUAAUUGCUCACCAAUUUUUCCCAGAAUCUGAGAUGUACUGUAAAUACAUUCACCUUUUUUUUUUUAUUCAUUCAUCAUACCAAACGAAGCCUGAAAGCCACUUCUCAGUAUGGGUUUAAUUAAUCACUAUAUUUAUAAAUGCACCUAAGGCUGAAAGGUACUGUAGCUUGAGCCACCUCACAGCAUGUCAACAAUGUAACUUGGGGUAUCUAUGCAUGCCUACUGAGAUUGGUCAGCGUGUGGUUUUUUCCUCCCGACAACAAGUUCAA